ACAAAUCAUGCCUUACUGAAAGAUUUGAAAUACAAUCAAAUUCGAUUCGCUCAGUCCACAUCUAAACGUUAUCCAAUUUUGCUACAAGAAGGAGUUCCCGGUGGUGGUGUUGGUGUUAGUGGAGGUUCCUUGUCUAUCGAUGACAGCAGUGGGGGUUGUGGUGGUGGUGGUGAUGGGGUGAUUGGUUAUUCUGUUAUGAAUAAAUCUGUUAAAAUUAUGGAUCACCAUCACCACCACCCCCAUCAUCAUCGUCGUCAUCAUCUACUCAAUAGGCAUCAUCAUCAUCAGCACCAGCAUGGGACUAUGAAGCAUAUCACAGAUGUAAAGAAUUUAAUCGAUGCGCCAAGAACCAAUGAAUUACUGGCUUAUUUAAUCGAUAUGCUAGAUUGUCGAAUAUUAAAAAGUUUCACAUUCAUUCUAUUAUCAAUUGCUUGUUUUGUAAAUAUGUUUG